GAUGGCGGGACCGGUUGAAGCUCUGGUGUGUUGCAGAGAUUCUACACUGACCAGCGAUCACGGACACCAAUUGUUUUGUAAAUUUUGGAGAUCGUCGGAUGACAAACCCAGGCGUUUGAUCUUCAUAAGUCAUGGGCUUGCUGAACACUGCCAGCGUUACGACGAUUUAGCCGUGCCAUUAGCUCAGCACGAUAAUUUUGUUUAUGCACAUGACCAUGUGGGACAUGGCAGAAGUGAAGGUGAUCGAGUGCAUGUCACUGACUUCUCUAUUUAUGUUGAUGAUGUUAUAAAACAUAUUGAGAUGUUGAAAAAGGAGCAUCCUGGAGUUCCAUGUUUCAUGUUCGGUCAUUCCAUGGGUGGAUUGAUUACUAUUCUGACCACACUUAGAGCACCUGACCUGCUUAAGGGAAUUGUUUUGUCGGGCCCAGCCAUCACGCAUGACAGCAAUAUUGUAACUCCUCUCAAAACUUUUCUAGCUAAAGCUGUUGCUAUGAUAUGGCCCCAGUAUGAAUUUGCAUCAGUAGGUUCUGAAGUUAUUUGUAGAGAUGAAAAAGUGGUAUACUACUACAACGAAGAUCAAUUGGUCUGGCAUGGUGGAAUAAAAGCCAAAUGGUUCAGCUGCAUUAUGGCCGCCAUGGAAGAAGUGCAGACGAGGUUUAGAGAAAUAAAAACUCCAUACUUGCUGCUGCACGGUUCUGCCGACCAGUUGUGUAGCAUUGAAGGAUCGAAGAUGAUGCAUGCAAAUACCAGCAGUGAAGACAAGACUUUUAAGAUAUAUGAAGGAUGCUAUCAUGAAGUUUUGUGGGAGAUUGAUGGCCAGGGAAAGCAAGCGAUCAAGGAUGUUGUUGACUGGAUCGAAAACAGAUGAUCUCCAUAUUUCCAAUCUGAAAUUUAUUGUUUCAAACUACUCGAUAUUUUUUAUGUUAUAUAGGCUUUUAUAUUUUGUUUUUUACUUUAUUUUUAGACUCUAGUGUAGAAAAGAAAUUAUUUAUAUUGUUGUAUUAACUUGUUGCUUUAUAUUUUUACCUGUUUCAUAUUCAGACUAUGAGUUUUAAAUAUGUUUGCUGACGUUUUUAUUGCAGCUAUGAUAUUAAAUUUAUUAUAUUGAAUUUCAUAUCGAGUUAUUGAAAAAAAAAUUCCAAACGUA